AUGAAGUUCUUUCUUUACGCAUUGACGGGCCUGGCUGUUUUCAGUUCGGCACUCGCGAAAAAGAAGACACACAUUGUCAACGUCGGGCCUGGCGGUCAACUUGUAUACGAUCCCCCUUUCAUUCACGCGAACAAAGGGGAUGAGGUGAAAUUUGUAUUCAAUCCGAAGAACCAUACAGCGACCCAAUCUUCAUUCGACUCCCCAUGUUCGAAACUCAAGGACUCGCAUGGACGUAACAUUGGGUUUGACUCAGGCUUCCAGCCCGUGGACCCCAUCCAUCCCGUGCACAAGAUCGUCACGUUCAAAGUCCGAACGAAAGACCCAUUGUGGUUCUACUGCCGACAGACCGGUCACUGCAGCAAAGGGAUGGUGUUUGCGAUCAAUCCUCCCAAGAAGGGACCCCAUACCUUUGAUGCCUUCAGGAAGAAGGCACUUGCUACAGCUGGUGGUAAACGGGAUGAUACCGAACCUCGAAGGGUGAAGGUCCACGAUGUUAUCGUGGGCCAAGGCGGUCAACUUACCUACACCCCGCCUUUUAUCCACGCAAAAACUGGUGAAGAGAUCCGUUUCACCUUUGUGGCGAAGAACCAUACGGCCACUCAGUCUUCCUUCGAUGAACCUUGUUCGCCUCAAAUCUCGCCCGACGGUCACACUCGUGCCGGAUUCGACAGCGGAUUCCAGCCUGUCGCUAAUGGUCAUUUCCGCCGAGCCUCCUUCAUCAUGCCCAAGACCGACAAGCCUCUGUGGUUCUACUGCCGCCAGAAGGUUCCUGUGUCACACUGUGGGAAGGGGAUGGUGUUUGCGAUCAAUCCUCCGAGCCGCGGAAAUACUUUUGCUGCAUUCAAGGCGAAGGCUCUCGCGACUGGAGGAAGGAAGCGGGAGGACAUGAUUGAUGGUGAAGAGGAGGAAUGA